AUGAUCUCCCAAACAUUACGUUCAGCAAACUGCUCAAACUACGGCGUAUGGUUGCAUUUUUAUAACUGCCCGUUUAACGACACAAAAUGCGCUUUCUACAAUUGCAGCAACAGAUUUUUGACUACUUCCGACCCCACAUUGAUCACUUCAAAUUUAUCAGAUAGUCAAGAAAUCGAGAACGUGGUAGAUAAAGAACUCGAAGUAUUCCGAGAGCAGAGUCGUUUCUGGGUUCAGCGCGUUCUUGUUCCUAUGAUACUAAUCAUUGGAUUAAUCGGAAAUACAGUGACAAUAGUAAUAAUGACCAGAAGACGUAUGCGUUCAUCUACCAACAGUUAUUUGGCAGCUUUGGCUAUUUUUGACAUGCUUUACCUCAUUUGUGUUUUCGUUCUUUCUUUAGCACAUUAUCCGGGGAUACAGGAUCCUCAUUAUUUUAUCUACUGGCAUAUUCGACCAUUCGCAAUUAUGUUGACAGAUGCUUGUAGCAAUACAUCAGUUUGGUUAACGGUGACAUUUACAAUAGAAAGGUAUAUUGCAGUCUGUCACCCGAUCAGAGGUAAAGUCUUCUGCACAGAGACUAGAGCAAAGAAGGUUAUUGUAUUUGUGUCAUUAAUCUGUUUUUUCUUAACUCUACCAACACCUUUUGAGUGGACCGUCGUUGAAAUCACGGACGAUAAGACUAAUGAAACGAAAAUGACCAUGAAUUUCUCAGAUUUCGGAAAUAACAAUAUCUAUAAAACUGUUUAUUACACGAUGACUGCAAUUUUAUUCAUCUUUAUUCCGCUUUUCCUUCUCUCUAUAUUUAAUUCUUUCCUGAUUAGGUCAGUACAUCUUUCCAAAAUACAGCGAAAUACCAUGACUCGACAAAGGGAAACUCGCGACUCUUUACAGCAAGAAAAUAGGAUUACUGUCAUGUUGAUCGCUGUAGUAUUAUUAUUUUUCAUCUGUCAGCUUCCAACUGCAGCAAUUCUAGUAUAUACGUCGUUACACACAGUUUAUCCUCAUACCAACAAAGAGGCUCUUCUUCUUGGCCUAGGAAAUAUCUUCAAUUUUUUGGUGUGCAUCAAUGCAGCCGGAAACUUUAUCUUGUAUUGUUUACUUAGUCAAAAAUACCGACGGACAUUUCUUCUAGCUUUCUGUCCAUGUAUAAAAAGCAAACUGGUAGGUUUACAAUCUGUGUACCAGAGAACCACUUACAGUAACGCCAAUGAAAGUCCACAAUGGUCCAGAAACACCAUGCUUCUGCGUCCCAAACUCAGCAAACUUGUGAGCAGACACAGGCCGAUAUUGUCUGAAUCUUUCCGAGAAAUUCAAAUGCACAAAGAGGACUUUUUGGGCGCCUCUUGUAAAAAAAUCUGGAGAUCUGGAGGAAACAAUUACUUAGAAGUUUUUCAACUGAAGAGUACAGAAUUUCACGACUAUGAAGACGAGCAACCGAAACAAGAAAUGUUUUCAACAGGAUUUAAUGAACAUUGGCAGCAGAUGUCAUCAAGCCAAAGCGAAAACAAAGCAAGUUCUGUUGAUAGCACCACAAGGAUACAACCAUAUAACGAUUUUGUUAUCACAGUCACACCAGACGGUGAGCUAUCAGUAAAUGUGGAGUCUUCAGUGUAG